AUUUCCGUCAAACGAAUAGUUAUUUUUCAGUUCUUUUGAUACUUCCAUUUCUUUUUUUCUGUACUUAGAUAUCGAUAAUUUUGUGUUAGCAUAUAUAAAUAUGUAUAUGCUGUUUCACGACUAAUAAUUCAUGGUCUAUGUCUUCCACUUUUCAGUCCAUUCAAAGUAAUCUUUGCAGUUUGGAGUGAUCUUUUUAUACCGACUAAUAACGGUCUAUAAGAUAUCAAACGACGUAUUAUAUUUUUUAUUCUUUUUCGUUAUAUUAUUUUCUAUUCUUAUUCAUCUUAUUCAUUAUAUUUAUAUUCUUAUACAUUUUUAACAAAAGAAAAGUGAUCGAAUAUAAAUAAGAGGUUAUAGAUUUUUGAUAAACAGUGCAAUCAAGUUCUUUUGUUACUUAUGGCGCAUACAGAUUCCUUUAUCUUGAGCACUUUGAAUAAUGGAAUACAAAAAGUGGUGCUCAAUAAACCUGCCAGGAAGAAUGCACUUUCGAUUCCGAUGUAUAAGGAAUUAACGAUACUUUUGAACAAAUCCGCCAAAGACGAUGAAGUAUUAAUAUUUGCGUUGACAGCAAACGGAGAUUUCUUUAGCAGUGGCAAUGACAUAGGCGCUGUUAUGGAAAUGGAAUUGACUCCCACUACUAUGGAAAAUGCAAAUUUGACAUUGAAAGACUUUAUUGAUGCAAUAAUUAUGUAUCCAAAACUUUUGAUAGCUGUUGUAAAUGGACCAGCGAUAGGAAUAGCAUCUACAAUAUUAGGGAUCUUUGAUAUAGUAUAUGCUUCAGACAAGGCAUAUUUUCAAACACCAUUUAGUUCUUUGGGUCUUGUUGCUGAAGGAUGUUCUACAUAUACAUUCCCCAGAUUAUUGGGACUUUCCAAAGCUGGAGAUAUGUUGUAUCUAGGCUAUAAAAUGAAUGCUCAAGAAGCUAUGAAAUAUGGAUUAGUUAGCAAAGUAUAUAAUCAUGACUCUCUUGAAGAAGUGUGGGAUUAUUUGAACAACAUAUCUAAACUUUCUUCAGAGUCAAUAUUGGCAACAAAGCAAUUGGUGAGUAAAUGGAAUAGGGAGAUAUUAUUAAAAGUUAAUGCAGAAGAAAUAAAAGAAUUGAAAAAACGAUUUGAGUCUCCUGAUGUAAUUGAAAGAUUUAUAAAUUUCUUAUCACGAAAAAAUAAACUUUAAAAUAACAAUUAAAAUUAGAUAAUAUAAUAAUUAUAAUUUUUCACUUAUAAUAUAAUAUUAAUUAUAAUUAAUAUUAAUAUUAAUUAUAAUUUUUCAAUUUCUUAUUUAGUACGAUUUAAUAAUAAAAACAUAAUUUUUUAAUCUUUAA